AUGUCGGACCGCAACUUCCAAGACGACUACAGAACAACCAUCAACAGCAUCUCCAAGGAACUCCGCAAGGAGUCACUUGCCGUGCAAAAUCGACUCCAGUCGAUUCUCUAUGACGCCAAGUUUGUGUCUAGCCUUGUGGAGCGCGGCCGUGUGCAGUACCCCAUGGUUGCAAAUGAACGUUGUGGGUGUUGGUACGUGCCCCCAGCCCGUCAGAUCGAUACCUGUUACUUCAAGUCCACUGAUGGGCACACGGGCCAAUGGAAGUUCUCCAUGCGUCGGUUGAAUUUGAAUCUUCUCCCAUUGAUUGCCAAGCAUGGCGGUGUGAGUGUUGUGGACAGUACCAGGAGGGGGAAAAAAAUCCCCGAUGCACUCCUGAAGACCAUCCCCAUGUGGUGUGCUGUGUUGAAUCGCAUCAGAUUUGGAGGGGGAAAGAGUGGAGAGGAAGCACUGGUGGAACGUGGCGUAGCGAAAGACGGAGCGAUAGACGGCUGGUUGUGCACCCCAUUGGAGACGGUGUCCCGGAGUGAACACAGUCAGAUGGCUGCAAAAAUUCCUGGAUUGGCCGUCGAGGUGGAAAGAUUGGGGAUCUUGACAAGGGAGAAAUUGGAGAAAAUGAUGGACAAGCCAUUGAUUCCUGAGUGGUACUACCCUGGGAUGAAAAACUCGGGGGGUUCGGGUGCAGGGGCCAGCUCUGGUUUCCACUACAUCCAAUGUAUCACUGCCUCUCGACAGGUCACCGCUGCCAACAAGGACAUGCUUCCAGAGUACUACGUGCAAGGGUCGGCCGACGACCACGAGCUCUGGGCCACGGCGGACAUUUGUCAGGGGAAAUUGGACCCUGUCUUCUUCUGGUCGCAUGUUGUGACCUGUUCCGACAUCGUAGAUGAACUGACCGGGUACAUCCAUCCAUGGAUGAAGGAGGAGGAACUAGUGAGUAGGUUGAACUCCUUGUACGAGGAGAAGAGUGGCAGCAGCAGCAGCAGCAGCAGCAGCAGUAGCAGCGCCUUGGACGUGACCAGAGUUGGAGCCACGGGGCUUCUUUUCGGUCUGUUGACUCAGUCAAUGGAGUACAACACUAUAAGGACACUCUACCCAUCUGUAAAACAAGUAGUGGUAUUCAGUGAAGAGUGGAAAAUCAACGGCAUUCCGGAAGAACUGGACGUGCUGUUGCGGCCCACGACUGUCCAUCUCCAUCGGGUCUCCUCGUCGAAGAAGGGGUCCAAACAAUUGAGAGACCUCCUUCCAAAACUCGUCCAAGAGUUGGAGAGGCUGUACGGUACUGGGCUGCAGGGCGAGACCAUGGUUCUCUGUGACACGGGGAAGGAUCUCAGUGUUGCUUUGGUAUUGACUCUCUUGUGCCGCAACUUUGACUUGGAAUGGGCAAGAAGGUCGGCGUACGUUCGCGCCAACAAGGACUUGGUCAAGCAACAGUUGGGGUUAUUGCUGCAGAUCAGAAAGGUCAACCCCAGUAGAAAUACCCUCCAGAGUGUCAAUUUGUGUUUGAUGGAUGAGCUGCCACGAUCAUAA